AGGAAAUGGUUUCAAUGAGAUUGUACACUUAACUGACUCACAAUGACAACUACCGAAGUUCCUCCAGAUGGUAAGAAUAUUGGAGCAGAUUUCUAUAUUUGCGAAUUUUGUAACUUCUCAGCAAAUCGACUGGUGACAUUUACUGCUCAUAUUGCAAAAUGCGCCGAAAAGUUUCCUGAUUGUUUCACUUGCAGCAUGUGCAUCUAUCAAUCCAAAGACUUUGACGAAUUUCAAGAGCACUGCAAAACACAUAUUGGACAUGAAAAAGUGUUUAACUGUCUUCAUUGUUCAUAUGUUUCAUCUUCUCAAUCCGAACUGGCAAAGCAUUCUAUUCCUUGUGCCAAAAAAUCAUCCAACAGCAAUGUUAAGAAUGACAGACGUGAAUCGAGUGAAUAUGACUGUCGUGAUUGCAAUUUUUUCUGUAACUCUAGUGAGCAAUUUGAAAAACACAUGUCAGCUCGUCACAGUGUGGUCUGGGACUAUAGUUGUUUUCACUGCACUUACAGGGUUCAGUCUUAUUCUUUGUUCAGUAAUCACAUUUCCCGUUAUCACCCUGAAGUUUUGGCACCUGAUCCUAAUGAUAACGAUGAAAAUGAUAACGAAGUUGGGCCAUCAGAACAACCUUGUCUCAUUGACUGUAUUUAUUGUGAAUACUCAUCUGAAUCUCAAAUUGAUGUUCAUGAGCAUAUGAAACGGAAACACCCUGGAGGCGUGAAAACACACAAUCCAAAUAAAAGGCCCAGACUUGAACCUGCUAUUAAAGUUGAACUGUCGAGAGAAGAAACGUUUGACUCAAAACCGAUCCUCAAAAUUCGAAAAAAGAAGUUUGUUUGUAGUGAUUGUCCUUUCAAAACUGCUAGUAAUGCAACAUAUCUUCGCCACAGAAAAAGCCACAUCAACUCUGUUUCAUAUCAGUGUAAUGUUUGUGAAUUCAAGACUGGCUCCAUAGUUCUGGUAAAGAAACACAUGAAAAGUUCUCAUACCUCUUCAUCUGCAUCAGACUGGAAAGUGUUAAAAAACGGCAUUGAAAACAAAGAUUUUUUACCAGUGUUUGAGUACAAAUGUGACCAAUGUUCUUAUGAAUGUGGCAAUCAUUUGGCACUAAGAAUCACAAAAAGGUUCAUAUGCCCAAGUCUCUCAAGUGUGAUCAUUGUGACUUUCAGACAAGAAAUUGGUAUUUUAUGAACAAGCAUGUUUCUCAUCAUCAUCCUGAGAAGAAAAUCGAUGGGCAAAGUAAGCUUCCUAAACCAAAAUCUCCAGCUAAGAGUGAGAAAAAGGCAAGUGGUAGUCUCACUUUUAAAUUUUUUAAGUGUGAUAGAUGUGGUUUUAUUGCAAGACAUCAGAAGAAUCUUGAGAAGCAUAUUAAUUCUCAUGAUGCUGAGUUUAACUACAAAUGCCCCCAUUGCCUUUUCAUAAACACUUGUUUCAAAACAUUCCGUAUGCACAUGAAUAAGUUCCAUCCAAAAGAAAAGGUUUCUAUGAAGAGGAACCCUCUAGAAAAGUACAAGCAUCAAUGUGAAAAAUGUGGAUACGAAACUAACAGCCAGGAAAAGUUACGGAAGCACACAAUCGACCAUGAUGAGGGUAGAUUUUAUCAUUGUGAAAUCUGCAACUACAUUGCAGUUUCACACAUUAAAUUAGGAAAGCACAUGAAAUUGAAGCAUCCUGAAACUCUGGUAAAAAAGUGCACCCAAUGUGAAUACACUACCAAUAGGUCUAAAAAUUUCAAAGCUCAUCUUCAAGCACAUAAAGAUCCUGAUGCGUUCAAGUGUACACUUUGCAGUUUUAUUAGUUCAAGUCAACGGCAGUUUGCCACCCACAUGUCCACUAAACAUCCUGAAGAGCAGAGUUCCUUUGAGAUCGAAAGUUCCCCCACAAAAGAAAGCAAAGAAGAACCUGCAGCUAUCGUUAGACAAUUGUACAAAUGUGACAAGUGUCUUUAUUCUAGCAACAGAGAGGCAAUUCUUGAAGUCCAUCUCCGGUGUCAUGGAAACCCAAGCUGCUUGAAAUGCGAGCACUGCUACUUCUUGACUCUUCACAAGUACUCACUGGAAAAGCAUUUGUUUGAAAAGCAUGCUAUAAAGAAGGUUUACAGCUGUCAAAAGUGCAAUUUCACGACCAAGCGAAUGGAAUUCUACAGAAAUCACACCCGAGCUCAUGACAGCAAGUACUCAUACACUUGUGGAACAGAAGAGUGUAAUUAUUUGACAGUAAAACAUACAUCCUAUGUUAGUCACAUGAGAAAAGAGCAUCCUGAUGAAGAGCUACUUCCGGAAAGAAAGCCAGGGCAAUCUGAUGAAGAAGAUGAUGACAGUGAUGCUGAAGAUGAGAGUGAGAACAAGGUCGGAGAGGGUUCAGACAAAGAUUCAGAUGAAGAGGAAGACAGUGGUUAUUCUUGUGAACUUUGCAGUUUUACCACAAUCUAUCCGAAAUCUAUGGAAACGCAUGCCAAGGCACACCAAAGUGAUAAAGCAAUAAAGUGUGAACUGUGUGAUUACAUCACUUUAUCCUCCUCCUGCUACAAGUCCCAUGUUAAAACAAAUCACCCUGAAAGCAAGCUGAAGUACCGACUGUACAAGUGUAACAAGUGCAAGUACACCACAGGAAACAGUCCUUCAUUUAAAAGUCACCAGAAGGCUCAUAGCAGCGAAAACCAAUACAAAUGCAAGCACUGCCUGUAUCUCACAGUGUUUUAUCAUUCUAUUUGUGGACAUAUGGCAAAGAAUCAUCCUCGUGAAGUGAACGACGUGGUGAAGCACGAUGCCCCAGAAGGGUAUUUCAAGAAAGAGGAAAAGCAGUAUAAUCACUACUGCACCCUGUGUCCGUUUAAGUGUAUGUAUUACAAACUAUAUUGCAAUCACUUGGAGCAGGCUCACCCUGGUGCAAAGAAUGAGUACGAAGCUGAACACGACAAGAAGAGGCUGAGUAAAGGAAGUGACAAGCUUUACUUCUGCAAGGAUUGUGAAUUCCAAACUGACAUUGCUCUGGAGAUGGAGGACCACCUGCCCACACAUACUCCAGACCAGUUCUACGUUUGUAGUUUGUGUAACUUUCAAACUCAAGAAAAAACUUUAUUUGAGGACCACCAAACUAAAGAACAUCAUUCUAAUGGGUCAACUUGUGAAAGUGAUCUGGUCUAUAUUUGCCCAUGCUGCGCAUUUAAGACAAGCAGUCUCGAAACUUACAACAUUCACCUGGUUGCUCACCCUCUCAAAGAAAAGGUUCUUAUCGAACAGAAAGUCCUCAACAAGGAACCUAAGCUUCCAAUAAAUUAUCAGUAUAUUUGUGAAACUUGUGGCUUCCAAGCAGUCAAUGCCAAACAGUUAGAAUACCACGUAUUGGCUCAUCAGAGUGAUACGUGCUAUGAUUGUGAUCAGUGUAAAUUCAAAACGAUCAACAGACAAAGUUACAGAAAACAUGUUAAAGUGGCCCAUGGAGUGAUUCUUCCCCUUGGAAGACCUCUAAAGAGAAAUGAUUCUGGUGACUCGAACUCUAGUUCUUCUCUUUCCAGGGCAGUAAUCGCCAAACCAGAGAAGUAUAAGUGUAAUGAAUGUGGCUUUGAAAGCAACAGCAUAAGUGCUUACAAUAAUCAUGCAGAUGCUCAUCUGGCACCAAACUCCUUAAAGUGUCCUCAUUGUCUUUAUCGGACUGUCCGGUGGGUUAACCUCAAAUCUCACCUGUCAAGAGUGCACCCAAAUGAAGCUAAAACUAGUCGUGAGGAGAUAACAGGAGUGAAAGGAGACUCCUCGUUGGAGGACUCCCUGCUCUACAGUUCUCCUACCAUGUUCAGGAUGAACCCACGCCCAUUCUCCUCUUCGACUCCUUACAAUGUUAAAUCUACCUUCCCCUCAGUAGCCGCCUUCUCUUCAGUACCAGUCAUGAUGCCUAGAGAUGACUCCAAUCUUCCCUCCACUUCAGGGCCUGAGGAAAUGAUCAUAGAGGAGGUUGUAACGGAGGAGGUUGUAUUGGAAGAGGUGGUGACAUCAGACAAUGUUUCUACGCCUUUAGACGACAACGAUGAUGAAGAAAUCAGCUUCUAAUGUGUGUGCAGGGUUAGGGUUAGCUGUUGGUUAUAGUAAUGACUGAUAUUGAUAAUUCAACAUAUCGCCUGGAACUGGCCAGGAAAUUAAGUGUACUCAUUAUGAAUGCAGUGUGUGUGUGUGUGUGUGUGUUAGAGUGUAAUGAUAAUUGUUCAUUAGGGCGAUUAUUUGCUUGCAAUUGUUAGAUCAAAUAAUGAUAUGUAUUUGUGAGAAUGAGCACAACUUUAUAGCUUUAUUAUAUUGAAUACGUUUAAGUUAGAAAGUUACAUAAUAAUAAUAAUAUCCAAUCUGACAGACUUAAGACUUGUCUAUUUACACUAUAGUGGAUAUAAUAUGUGUAAUUUGAUACAAAUGGAGAUGUAUCGCACUAAUAACCAAUUAUUGUAUUCAUAAUCAGUAAAGCACACGGUUCAAUGAUGUGUGAUCAUAAUUAUUAUAGGUAAUUAGUAUUGCUAAAUUUGUGAUCUCAAUUUUUCUAAUUACGAAUUUCCGACUUUUCAUUAGUACUAACAGACGGGAAUUUUAUCCAGUUUUCUAGAAUUUGAUCAGUUUAUAUAAUACCAUGUAAACUAUAAUAUUACCAGUUUAGUACAUUAGUUAUCACAAUUCACGUUUAGUUACACAACAAAUUUUUUGUUAUAUUUAAAAAUUUAAUGUGGGAUAAUACUCAUUUUUAGAUAUAAAUUCUAAGAACUCAUAAAUUGCUAAAAUUUGUUUUAUUGAUUUGAUUAUUUUUACUAUGAUUAUAAUUGUCACCGUCCGCAAUAGUAAUGGGACCAUAUUUGGUGAUUUUUGAUGCAUGAUGUGAUCAAUGAAUUAUAUUUAGACUCAGAUAGACAAUUAAAGAUGAAGGUCCUCCCGAAUCAUAAUUCAUAAUGGUGUGUGAUAGUACUUUAUUUACUUAUUUACGCGAGUAAAGAGUUAUAGAAUUAUACUAUAUCUGACUUGAAAAUUAAUGAUGUUUUCUAAAUUGAAGUCUAAAAUUUGUAUACGAUUUCCAACCAUUAUAUAAUUUUCUGAAAAUCUUUGCAAAUACAAUUUAAAUUAUCAAAGCGUUUACAAUUUUCGUGCCACUAACUUCAUUUAUAGUAAUUUAAUAAUCUACAAAUUUACCAUAUAUUAUACA